AUGGUGGAAUCGGCUGCCACCACCCUCGCAUCUGUCGUGGUGUUGGGGGCCGGAUUCGCUCUCGCCGGUUAUGUGUAUCACAAGUCUUACAAAGCCCUCCAGUUGAAGAAAAUGGAGAAUGCAUUUCAACCCGGUGAUCCAGUGCUUACUUUGGCUGCCAUUGCGAAGGAAGUACCCUCAGAACCGGAUCAAGAGCACUGGAUCCAGCGGGCAGAGCAAGCAAAGAUCGAUGCUAUCGUGAUGGGAGCCGACAAAGGACACUACCAUCUCAUCAUGGGCGAGAAGGGCAGCGGAAAGAGCUCGAUGCUACUGGAGGCGAUGCGCAAGAUUGAAGGGGAUGGCUGCGCCAUGUUCGAAGCCCAUGCUGAUCUCGAAAUAUUUCGAAUUCGUCUAGGGAAGGCGCUCGACUAUGAAUUCCAUGAGGAUUACAUAGGAGGCUACUUUAGCGAACGAGGUCCUAGGGACACCACCGCAUUACUCGAUAUCGAGAGAGCUUUGAACAAAUUGGAGAAGGUUGCCUUGUUACACCGGGCAAAGAAGAACAAGCCUCUUAUUGUUAUCGUCAAUCAGUGCCAUCUCAUUCGCGACGACGAUGAUGGCAAGGACUUGCUGGAGCUAUUGCAGCAGCGAGCUGAACAAUGGGCUGCUUCUAAUCUUGUCACGAUGGUCUUCAAUACAGACGACUACUGGGUUUACGAGCGGUUCAAGCAGUUGGCAACACGGAUGGAGGUCACAUCCGUCCACGACUUGCCUAAAUCUCAGGCCGUUGCCGCUUUGCAAAAGUAUCGGCAGCGAUAUUUCCAAGAGAAUGUCCCUAAGACACUCCUUGAGGAAGUCUAUGACCUUGUUGGCGGUCGAUUAUCCUUCCUGAAUCGCGUCGCUAAGUCUACAGACAUGUUGAUGACAUGCGACAAAAUCAAGGAGACAGAGAAAACUUGGUUUCUCAAUCAAUGCUGGAUUCUGGGCAUGGAGAUGGAUGAUGAUGUUAUGGAUCAACAGAAAUGGGCUUCGGCAGCAAUGGUUCUUGCUCAGGCUCUCGUCGAUAAGGAGGAGGAAAUGGACAAGACCUAUGACGACAUCACCGGCCACGUCCUGCCCACAUACCAGAUGCACAAGGCCCAGCAGAUCAUGACGCGAUCUGACUUUAUCCGCGAUCUCGAUCGUCUCAAUCUCUAUACUAUUACCAGUACCGCUCAAGUCCGAGCCAGCUCCGUUCCUAUGCACCGCGCAUUCAAGGAGAUCUGUGCUGAGCCAGGCUUCCGCAAAUUCCUUGCGGAUACGCUUCAGCGUAUUGCCGACAUCGAGUCUCUCGGACGUACGAGAGAACUUGUGGCCAAGGACCUCGUACUCGGUGCAGAGUAUGAGAUAUCUAAGGGAUGGAGUGGAAAGAUCAACGUCAAGAUCCGUCAGAAAGAAGAGGAAGAUGAUAAGAAUGAAGAUGACAAAUAA